GGAAGCCAUCCACCUUGUCGAUGUCUUCUGUGUCCACCGUUUCUAGUGAAUCCAUUACCACCAGCUGUGCAUCAGAUGACUGCCCCAGUGUGGAAACCACUCUAUCCAGUCUUCCCUCUGUUGUACCUGCUGUCCCACCUGUCCCUCAGACUCCUUCUCAAUCUCCUGCUCUGUCAUCUUCUGGUUUCAAUGAUUUCUGGUUGCCAGCAGAGAUGAAGAAAAACAUCCCUCUACAAGACCAGAAAUGGAUAGCAUCCACAUUGUGGGGGAAUCAGAGACUUAGAAGUGGCCUGAAGCUAUGGUAUGAGCCACCUACACCAGCUCUGAUUUACCAUCAGGUGCCCACACCAGAUCCCUUCUUCACCCAUCGUCUUCUUGUGUGGAUGCCAUACCACCUGUGGAAGGUCAGGUUGCAGUGCCCAGACUGCGGCAAGCAGCUGACUGGUUGCGGAAUCCAUAAAAGAGUGCGACAUGUCUUGGACAUUGACAGAUAUUACCUGAUGGUGACCGAGACUCUCCGUUGCAAUUUUUGUAAAGUCACCCAUCUGUCAACAAGCAAGACCGUCCUGGACCAACUGGAUGUCCCUCACCGGUCAGAGUUCCGAAUCAUCCUCACACGAAAGUAUGCUUGUGAUAUUAGGGUCAUCCGUCUGAUGAGAGAGAGGACAUUGGGGAACAGCUCCAAUCGUCUCCUAAAGCAGCUAAAAGAAAAUCACAGUGAGGAGUGGUUGAUUCGCCUUGCCAGAUAUUUUGGGGAGUGUGAAUCUUUUGUAGCGCAUCCCAGCCUUUUUCCUGUGGUUUUUCAAGAGCCCCCAGAGCCGAUUGCUGUCCCCACAGAAAGAUGGCUUCUUACAGUCUACGGAAAGGACAUAAUGAGUCGAGUCGACCACAUCAAGGCUUCCAUUACGUCCAUUUUUGGAUCCAUCUUAAAAAUGGACUCCACUAAAAAGGUAUUAGAUCAUUACUGUGUAACAUUUAGAUAAAAUUCCACUCAGGGUUUUUGUGUGUGAAAUGCUCUGUUCUAAAGAAAUGUGUGGAGUCAGAAUUGUUCUUGGCUUUGCUGUUUGAAAUUUUAUUUGCUUCUAAAAUUACCUCUAUUUUAUGAUCAACACACAAAACACUUGUAGGUUUACUGGUGGUUUUGAAUAGCAAAUGAAAUGGCUUUAUUUGCACUGCAGAUAUAACCUCUCCUUUCUAUCACCAUAUGUUAAAUCAGUGAGAUUCAGUAGGUUUCUCUACUAAUUAACAAUUCCCAUUUAACAAUGGCUGAUUAUUGAUGCAAUGCAAUCUUAUGUCCUAUUGUUUUGUUAGAUCACAAGGAAGCUUGCUGGUCCAGCCAAGGGGACAGCACAGUGGAUGACCUCUGUCAGCAACGAGAGAGGUCAAAUUCUCAUCAGUGUGCUCACUGCGCAAGAGGGGCCAGGAUUGGAUGCAAUGGUCAAAGGUCUCAUCAAGAGAUACUCCCAGGCAGCCAUGGUGCCACCAAAGCUCUUGUAUGUGGACUCUGGCUGCUGCAAGGACACAGGUGGGCAGACUAAACUGGAGGAGAGGUUUAGCGGUUGGCCAGACCUCACUGUCAGACUGGACAUCUACCAUUUUAUGAGGCGCCUGGCUGUCGGUUGUACCACUGACGCUCAUCCUCUGUACCCCACGUUCAUGGCCCGACUGUCCUCGUGCAUUUUUGAAUGGGACCCAAAUGAUGUUGCCUUGCUGCGCUUGGCAAAGAGGAAACAGCUUAAAAAAGAGGGUGUUCCUGGGGUGACCAGUGCAAUGGUGGACAGGAACAUCACAAAAGAUGAGCUGGCCCAGUACUGCAGACGAAGGACACGGGGUGAGGAGACCACAAUCCUCCUCAUUCAAACACUCCUGCAGGAGCUGAUGGGAGAGAAGGGCAGAGACCAAAUGGGUGUCCCUUUGUUGGACAAUGUCAGAAUGGAGCACAUAUGGCGUGUGCAGCAGAGGCAUGUAAAGUGCAUUCAGGA